AAAGGCGCGCACACACACACACGCACAGUGCGCAGCGGGUGCUACGUGGUGAGCAGAGGUGCUCCUUCAGUGAAGGGGCAGGCUGAGGGAAAGAGGUCCGUCCCUCCAGUCCUGUGGUUCAGACCGCUUUUCUCCUCAGGAUACUUAAAUGUUUGUGUGCGAUUAAAAAAAAAAAAAAGGAUCUCACUGACUUUAUAACAAGAAGAGGAACAGACACGAGGAGAAGAAUGGACGAUUCCUACUAUGACGACGAGUACGUGGCGUUGAAUGACAGCUACGAUUACAACCCAGAGCACGGCGUCUGUGACAAGGAGGCGGUGCGCUCCUUUGGCAGCGUCUUCCUCCCCGUCAUCUACGCCUUGACCCUGGUGGUGGGCCUGGCCGGGAACGCCCUGGUGGUGGCGGUCUACGCGUCCAAGCUGCGCCUGCGGACCCUGACGGACAUGUGCAUCCUCAACCUGGCCGUUUCGGACCUGCUCCUCCUCCUCACGCUGCCCUUCUGGGCGGCCGACGCCGUCCACGGUUGGACGUUGGGCGUGGCGGCGUGCAAGCUCAACUCCUUCCUCUACAGCGCCAACUUCAGCUGCGGCAUGCUGCUGCUGGCGUGCGUCAGCGUGGACCGCUAUCGCGCCGUGGGCCACAACCCGGCCGGCAGGCCCGGAGCGGGUCCCCGCGUCCGGCGGCGGUGGGCCCUGGUGUGCGUGCUCCUGUGGGCCUCGGCCGCCGUCCUCGGCCUCCCCGAACUCUUCUUGUGCACGGUGAAGCGCUCCCACCACAGGGCGGCGUGCACGGCCGUCUACCCGUCCGGCAUGGGCCGGUCCGCCAAGGCCGCCCUGGAGCUGGUGGAGGUGACGCUGCGGUUCCUGCUCCCUUUCUUGGUCAUGGCGGUGUGCUACGGCUCGGUGUGGCGCGUGCUGAGCCGGGCGGCCGGGGUGAGGAGGGAGCGGAAGUGGCGAGCCCUGCGCGUCCUGCUGGCCGUGGUGGCCGUGUUCCUGCUCACCCAGCUGCCCUACAACCUGGUCAAGCUGGUCCGAGCCAUGGACAUCAUCUACCUCCUGGUGACCGACUGCGAGGUCAGCAAGCGGCUGGAUCGAGCCCUCCAGGUGACAGAGAGCCUGGCGCUGGUCCACGCCUGCAUCAACCCGCUCCUCUACGCCUUCGUGGGCUCGUCCUUCAGGGGACACGUGCUCAAGGCUGCCAAGCGCCUCGGACAGCGACUUGGGAGACACCCGCGGCAGGCCCGCGAGGAGCCGGCGGUGGAGAUGACCCUCAAGACGCCAACUCAAACGCAGUCGCAGUCCGGGUCGGAAGAGCAAGCCACCAGCACCUUCACUAUUUAACCCUCAAAUGAUGUACUCGUUGUCCUGAAAGCGCCUGCACAAAAUUGUAUAUUUAUGUAUAUAUAUAUAUAUUAACACGUUUAGUACCAUAAGUGAUAUUCAUCAAUAACUAAAACAUUCUUAUUGUAAUAAAUAA